CUUGUCUUUUUCCUUUCCUCUAAUCUAAAAUAUUUUUUUCCUAAAAACAAAAAAAAAAAUAAAAAAAAAAUUAAGAACCCGGAUUUGUUUGCAUGAAACAAACCGUAUUUGAUAGUGAAGGGAUAUGUCCGUAACUUUUGGCAGUAGUCCGAUUAUACUUACGAAAUUACUGCCCAAAACAUUCUGAAAUAUAGGAGAAGCUUAAUCAGCAAUUUGCUGAAAACCCUUCUGUUAUCUCAGCAGUUUCAUCCUUUAAUCUCUCCACCCUGGUCAUUUGCGUUGUGUUUAGCAUUCGGAGGCGUGUAAAAAUGGAUUUGGUAACUAGCUGCAAGGAUAAAUUGACACAUUUUCGGAUAAAGGAGCUCAAAGAUGUGCUUACUCAACUUGGUCUAUCAAAGCAAGGAAAGAAGCAGGACCUUGUUGAUCGCAUAUUAGCUAUUCUUUCUGAUGAACGAGUUUCAGGAAUGUGGGCAAAGAAAAAUAGUGUUGGAAAGGAAGAGGUUGCAAAACUUGUCAAUGGAAUUUACAGAAAAAUGCCAUUGUCUGGGGCAACUGACCUAGCAUCUAAGUCACAGAUUGUCUCAGAUAGCAGUAAUGUAACGUUAAAAGAGGAAGUUGAAGAUACUUAUAAGAUGAAGAUUCGAUGUCCCUGUGGAAGCUCGCUACAAGCUGAAACAAUGAUUCAGUGUGAAGAUAUAAGAUGCCGCACAUGGCAACAUGCAUGCUGUGUCAUCAUUCCAAAAAAGCCCAUGGAGGGGGGUUUUCCUCCAAUUUUUCCUGAAACUUUUUACUGUGAAUUGUGCAGAUUGAGUCGUGCAGACCCGUUCUGGGUGACAAUGGCAAACCCUUUAUAUCCUGUUAAGUUGGCUAUCACUAGCGCACCUGCUGAUAGCACAAACCCAAUGCAAAGGAUUGAGAAAACAUUUCAACUCACUAGAGCCGACAUGGAAUUAUUGGCAAAGCAGGAAUAUGAUGUUCAGGCUUGGUGCAUGCUUCUCAAUGACAAGGUACAAUUUAGGAUGCAGUGGCCUCAGUGUGCUGAUUUGCAGGUCAAUGGAGCUCCAGUACGUUGCAUAAAUAGAUCUGGCUCACAAUUAUUGGGUGCAAAUGGUCGAGAUGAUGGCCCAAUAAUCACAACAUGCUCCAGAGAUGGAAUUAACAAAAUUUUGUUAGCAGGAUGUGAUGCUCGUAUCUUUUGCUUGGGAGUUAGACUUGUAAAGCGCCGUACUUCCCAACAGAUUCUGAAUAUUAUCCCUAAAGAGGCUGAUGGUGAGGUAUUUGAUGAUGCUCUUGCUCGCGUUCGUCGUUGCGUUGGUGGUGGGACUACCACUGAAAAUGCUGAUAAUGACAGUGACCUCGAAGUGGUUGCUGAUUGUAUCCCAGUCAAUCUUCGAUGCCCUAUGAGUGGUUCAAGAAUGAAAGUUGCCGGAAGAUUCAAACCUUGUGUACACAUGGGCUGCUUUGAUCUUGAAGUCUUUGUUGAAAUGAAUCAAAGGUCAAAGAAGUGGCAAUGCCCUAUCUGUCUGAAGAACUACUCUCUGGAGCAUGUCAUUAUAGAUCCAUAUUUCAAUCGGAUCUCUUCUCAGCUGCGAACUUAUGGAGAAGAAGUAUCAGAAAUUGAAGUGAAACCUGAUGGUUCUUGGCGUGCAAAGGCAGAAGGUGAUCGAAAGAGUCUUGGGGAUCUCGUAAGGUGGCACUUACCUGAUGGAACUCUCAUUGAAUCUCAGGAUAUAGAGUCAAAACCCAAGCCUGGAGUUCUUAAGCAUGUUAAACAGGAAGGAGGCUCUGAGAGCCUCGGUGGACUUAAAGUUGGGUUGAAGAAGAACAGAAAUGGUUUGUGGGAAAUUAACAAACCUGAAGAUAUACAGGCAUUACCAUACAGAAAUGGAUUAAGAGAGAACUUUGAAAAUCAUAUUCAAGAUAUUAUUCCCAUGGGCAGCAGUGCCACUGAGAGUGGCAAGGAAGGUGAAGAUCCCAGUGUUAAUCAGGGUGGUGAUGUUAUCUUUGACUUCCCUACCAAUGGGUUUGAGCUUGAAACCAUUUCUCCAAAUUCUGCCCCAGCAUAUGGUUGUAAUGACCGCAAUCCCCCAGCACCAGCUGGAGAUGCUGAAAUUAUUGUCCUAAGUGAUUCCGACGAAGAAAAUGAGCCACUUAUUUCUUCUGCAUCCAUUUACAAUAACAACCAUACUGAUGAACCUAUAGUCUCUUUUGCGGGCAGGCCUAAAGGAAUUUCAGAUUCUUGCAAUGAUGACCAUGCACUUGUUAAUGAUGGGAAUUCAUGCCUGGGACUGUUCUUUGGGAUGAAUAUGUGGCCUUUGCCUACUAUUAACCAUGGGCGCCCAGGCUUUCAGUUAUUUGGUUCAGAUAUGCAGCAGGGUCCUAUUAACUGCGCGAGCUCCAUCAAUGGUUACUCGUUGGCUGCGGAUACUGGCAUUGGAUCUUGUUCUCUUCUUCCUGAAUCUUCUGUUGAUCGUACGAAUACUCAAAUAAAUGAUGGUUUGGUUAAUAAUCCCCUAUCAUUUGGCAGUAAUGAUCCCUCACUUCAGAUAUUUCUUCCUACUAGACCAUUGAAUGCAUCAGUUGAGGCUGAUGUGGGGCAUCAGCCAGGUUUGUCAACUGGCAUUCAUACUGAGGAUUGGUUUUCACUUAGUCUUGGGGCAGGUGGGGAUUCUGCAGUUGCUAGUGGGUUGAGGUCAGGGAAGCCGUCGCAAACCAAAAACUCUUCCUUGGAUUCAUUGGCUGACACUGCUUCUUUCCUUCUUGGUAUGAAUGGUGGAGUAUCAAUGAAGAGCGGUAGAGAAAGAUCAGAUGGUCCGUUUAAUUUUCCUCGUCAACGUCGUUCUGUAAGACCGAGAUAUCUAAAUAUUGAUUCAGACACUGAUUAAGGAGCCAAUUUCACCUAAGAGGAAUAAUGGUUAUUUCUACUGCAAAUAUGUGGAGUCAACCACAGGAUAUCUUGUUUUGUAAGAUCUUCAUGAUUUCUUGUUCGUAAGAUCUUCUCUGCAUGGCUUGGUAAUUGAUCUUUUUGCCUUGGAGAUGAACAUGCACCUACCAACAGGGAAACUUUCAACUCCUGUGCUGGAAAUUUAUAAGUUCUGGUUGGUGAGGAGCUCUCAACCCACCAAUUUUUGUAUUCUAGUCUGGACUCAGAAUCCCCUACUCCCAUACAUCCUUCGCACUACGAAGAGGGCCUGGCCAUAUUCUUCUCUUUCAUCUUUUAGAUGAUUCCUUGCAAGUGAAUUGUACAUUUGGAUAGCUUGAAUAGUGCAAGUUAAUUGUGCAUUUGGAUUACUUGGCUUGAUUUAAAAAGUUCUAGCAACACCAGUUGGUAAUUGCCGCUGGAUGUACAGUAGCAAAAGAGGGGAGCAAUUUAUUCAUUCAGAACCUCCUCUUUGCCUCAUGGGGGGAGGUGCCUAUAGCUUGUAAAUCUUCAUAGAUUUUGUAUUUAUAGACUAGCAUUUUCAAAUUUGUUUUCUUCCUGUUGAGUUGUGUCUUUGAUCAUUGAGAUGAUUGGAGAUUAUGGUUAAAUCUUAUCCAAGAUAAAUGGUCGUAAAUUUUCCCCA